AUGAGCACUUUUUCUCCGGACGCCAAUAAUGCGUCCACGCCCAGCCGUUUCUAUCUGGCGGCCUGGCGCUGGCACUUUUAUGCCGGUCUUUUCGCCAUUCCGUUCCUGACUGUUCUCGCUGUCACCGGUCUGAUGAUGAUGUAUAUCGGCUAUUUUGACGGCCGUGAUGGUGAGAGGAUUGCCGUUCCGGUUCCGGCAAACAGCACUGUCCUCUCCAUUUCGGAUCAGGCCAACGCCGCCCUUGUAAGCCGUCAGGGCGGCACACCUGUGGAGUGGCUGAAGGGGCGGUCGGAAGGCAGCGUUUCGGUUUUCCGGAUCAAUCAGGACGGCGCGCAGGAAAUGGUUGCCGUCGAUCCCUACACCGGCAACAUCGUGGAAAGCUGGUCCCGGCGUCAGGGUUGGUACGACUUCGCCGACGGCAUUCACAGCGAUCUUCUUCUGGGGACGCCCGGAGACCGGCUCCUUGAAAUCGCGGCGGGUCUUUCCCUCGUCCUGAUCGUGACCGGACUAUACCUCUGGUGGCCGCGCGAUGUUUCUCUCGUGAGAGCCCUUGUUCCGGACCUGACCCAGAAGGGACGAGCGCUUCUGAAAACGCUGCACGUGAACUUCGGCAUUUAUGUUUCCGUGCUGCUCCUGACGUUCCUGAUCACGGGCAUGGCCUGGACGGGCAUCUGGGGCGGCAAGUUCGUUCAGGCCUGGAGCACGUUUCCUGCCGAAAAGUGGGACAACGUUCCCCUGUCGGACGAGACCCAUGCCGCGAUGAACCACGGCGCGGUUUCCGAGGUGCCCUGGGCUCUGGAGCAGACCCGGAUGCCGGCAUCCGGUUCCGAGGCGGGUAUCGAGGGAACAGCGCCCGGUGUUCCGGUCGACAUCGACAGCGUUGCGACACUGGCCGCUGCGCUGGGCUUCAAUGCAAGAUAUCGCAUUUCCUAUCCCCGGGGCGAAACCGGCGUCUGGACGAUCAACCAGGAUACGAUGAGCGCUGAUGCGGAAGACCCGUUUUCCGACAGGACCGUUCAUGUCGAUCAGUACACCGGCCGUGUCCUCGCCAAUGUCGCCUUUGCCGAUUACUCGGCAGCGGGCAAGGCAAUGGCGGUCGGCAUUCCACUGCACAUGGGUCUGAUGGGUCUCUGGAACCUGAUCCUCAACACGUUGGUCUGUCUGUCGGUGAUCUUCCUGUGUGUCAGCGGCGCCGUGAUGUGGUGGCUGCGCCGGCCAAAAGGCAUGGCGCUGCGGGUUUUUGCACCAAAAACACCUGAGGAUCUUCCGCAUUGGCGCGGCGCAAUGAUCCUGAUGUUGUUUCUGUCGCUGGCUUUUCCGCUGGUUGGUCUGACGCUGUUGAGCGUACUUGCACUCGACUAUCUGAUCAUCAAGCGGGUGCCCAUGCUGCGUCGGGCGUUUGGCUGA